CGGAAGCGGGGCUGCGCCGUCCAAUCAGCGCGCGGCCUCUCUCCCCGCUCCCCGGCGGAGCCCCGCCCACGGCGCGGGAACCCGGAAGCGGGGCUUAAAGGGGCCGCGCCGCGCUGCUCGGCGGGGCGAUGGCGAAGCCCGGCCACUCCUGGAACCGCCGCAGGUCCAAAAAGGAGGAAGAGGAAGAGGAGGAGGAGGAAGGCGAGGACCCCGUGGACGCGAUGAUCGCGCGGACGGGCUGCACGGUACAGCACUGGGCGCUGCAGGAGUGCAUGGCCGAGCAGCGCGACUGGCGGCGCUGCCAGCCCCACGUCCAGGCCUUUCGGGACUGUAUGGCCCGGCAGCAGCGCCCGCGCCCCCAAGACCCCGAGCAGCCCCAACGCUCACCCCCGGGGCACUGAGACCCCCCCCAGGGGCUAAAAUCCCCCCUUGGGAUCCCCCACCAGGCACCAGCACUACCUCCAGAUGAGGCGCCCCAAAGAUGGGGGCUGUGCUAAAUCAUAUAUAUCUGAUUUUUCUAUUUUUUGCUAUGUUCUACCUGUUUUUGUUCAGCGGGUUGCUGGCGUGGUGAAAUCCGUGUUUAAUUUGGGGCCAGGAAAUUAAAUUUUGAUGUGGUUCAUCCUC